CAAUUGAUGGCUCAAGUACGCGAUUUGCAAGCUCGAGUCGAGGGAAGAAUGAUGGGGGAUUAAGAGGACAUCCCUUCUCGCAACACAUUCUGGAUGCCGACUUACCCGAGGGGUUUAGAGAGCUCAACAUUUGGUACGAUGGGUCGACUGAUCCCUCUCGACAUCUGAGGAGUUUUGAGAACACGGCAGUGCUACAUCGUUACAAUGACCCUGUUCAACGUCGAGCGUUAUUAACGACUCUGCGGGGACCCGCACAAGAUUGGUUCCAUCAACUGCCCCUAGGAGUUGUCAGGGACUUCGGCGGGUUUAGCUCAAGUUUUCUGAACCAGUUCUCAAGUGUGAAAGCUCAAGAAAAACCUUACCUUACUUCGAUAGGCAUGCAACAGAAAGAGGGAGAAUCAUUGCAAGAUUAUGUGGCGAGGUACACGCGGGCGUGUGUCGAUGUACCCUCGGCCGCCGAGGAGAUAAAGUCAGGAGGACUCACUAGAGGAUUGCUUCCAGG